CCUUACAAAUACCAUAACUUGCUAAACCAUUUUUGUGUUGACAUUAAAGAAAAGGAAGGAGAGACAUGAAGAGAUUAUGUGUAACUGCAACUGUUCUUCUGCUUGUUCUCCUUACAGGCACCCUGGGCCUGGAGGUUGAAGCACAUGCCUGCAAAACAAGUGGCAAACUCGAGGGGAAGAAACCUCCUCCAGGACAAUGCAACACUGAGAAUGACUCAGUCUGUUGUGAAGAAGGGAAGCUUUACACUACCUAUGAGUGUUCGCCGUCGGUUUCCGGCCAUACAAAGGCGGUGCUGACUCUAAACAGCUUUGAGAAGGGUGGGGAUGGUGGAGGGCCAUCUGAAUGUGACAAUAGUUACCACUCCGAUGAUACUCUGGUGGUGGCACUCUCAACAGGUUGGUUCAAGAAAAAGGGGAAGUGCUUCAACAAUAUUACCAUCAGUGGUUAUGGGCGGAGUGUAGUAGCCAUGGUGGUAGAUGAGUGUGACUCAACAAUAGGGUGUGAUGCUGAACAUGAUUACCAGCCCCCAUGUCCUAACAACAUUGUGGAUGCCUCAAGAGCUGUGUGGAAAGCUCUGGGUGUGCCUCAUGAUGAUUGGGGUGAGUUGGAUAUCGUCUGGUCUGAAGCUGAAGUCCAGAAAUAAGCUUCUUUAAAUGUGUGAUGUGCCUAUUUUGCAAUUAU